AGCAAUGGCAUCUUCAUCAUCAUCUUCAUCACAUGUUAACAUUAAGUCUGGUCCCAUCGAUGCUGAUGUAUUAUGGAUGCAACCUAAACAUGUUUCAGAACAUGUUUGGAAUGGGGAAGAAGAUAGGAAAUUACAUAUCAGACGAGCUGUCCCCACGUAUCAAGGGGAAGAACAAAUUCCUGAGCAAAUUUUUCCUUUUCUUCUACAAUCUGGUUUCGCCUGGAUUAUCAAGAUGGGGUACUUAAAAAUAAAUGCCUCAUUAAUUAGUGCUCUGAUUGAAAGAUGGAGGCCAGAAACACAUACCUUUCACAUGAGAUGCGGAGAAUGUACUAUUACUCUCCAAGACGUCUCUGUAUUGUUAGGUAUAAGUGUGGAUGGUUUACCAUUAAUCGGUCCAACAAAUCUUGAUUGGGCUGAUUUAUGUGAGGAAUUAUUGGGAGUCAGACCACAAGAAGAUGAAAUUAGAGGUAGUGUGGUUAAAUUAAGUUGGCUGGCUCACCAUUUUGCCCAAAUAAAUAAUGACGACGACGAAGAACAAGUACGAAGGUUUGCCCGUGCAUGGAUAUUGAGAUUCAUUGGAGGUGUCUUGUUCGUUGAUAAAAGCAGUAACAAAGUUUCGCUAAGAUACCUUCAAUUUUUACGUGACUUUGAAGAAUGUGGCAGAUAUGCAUGGGGAGCUGCCGUACUUGGUUUUCUAUACAGAGAGAUGUGCAAUGCCACCGAUUAUAAAACUAAAUCAAUCGGAGGUAUGUGCAUCUUACUACAAAUGUGGGCAUGGGAACGAUGUCCAACCUUGGCUCCAAAGAGGACUCCUUCCCAAGUAGAAAAUACACCACUGGGGCAUAGGUGGCUGCGACGUGGAAACCAACAUAUCGGCAAUGAUGAUGUGAGAGUUUUUCGUCGCAAGUUAGAUAUUAUGAAACGUCAUGAGUUUGUGUGGGAGCCGUACCCAUCAACCGUAAUAUCACUGUUGCCUCCCGUUUGUUUAGUCGGAAGUCUCGCGUGGUACGCGGUGGUGCCACUAAUUUGUUUCCAAGUUAUUGAGUGGCACCAACCGGACAGAGUAUUGAGACAAUUUGGGAUGCAACAGCCAAUUCCAGAGUCUCCUUCACAACCCUUAAACAUUCAUGGCAUAACAUUGAAAGGGAAACAUGACGAAAAUUGGGGGCAAUUGUUCGCCCCAAUGAUUGAUCAGUGGAAUAAUCGCCAUGCAUUUAGGGUCGACGCUUAUCCCCGACAAGAAGGCCUAUUGAGUUUUAACUCGGACUACAUGGUCUGGUAUAGGCGAAAGACAAAGAUGUUUGUUGACCCAGCAAAUGCAAAGACGGCUACAUUGGUAUUUUUAAAUUUUUUUCAAAUUUUAACUUGAACUUUUAUUUAAUGA